AUGGCGGAAACGAAUCAAGAGCCUGUGGUGAUCAUCGGGGCGGGGCUUGUGGGGUCCAUGGCAGCGAUCCUCAUGGGGAGACGAGGAUGCCGAGUGCAGCUGUAUGAGGGGCGACAGGACCCUCGAAGGUCUUCGCAGCAGGAUGUAAACGGCCUUCAUGGCAUGCUGUGCAACACCACCAAGAGGUCUAUCAACCUGGCGCUGUCCCACCGCGGCCUCUGUGCGCUGAGGAAGAUCGGGAUGGAAGGGAAGGUGAUGGAGCAGGCGAUCGCGAUGGAAGGAAGGAUGAUACAUCCUCCUGGAGAAGCUGACAAGAACAAGAGCGUGUUGCAGCCUUACGACCACAGGCCCGGUCACGCCAUUUUCUCCAUCUCCCGGGAGGACCUCAACUUUGCGCUGCUAGAGGAGAUCGAAGGGAUGCCCAACGUGUCGGUAGAGUUCGAGAAGAAGUUCGAAUCCUUCGACUCGUCUGCCAACGUGGUGAAUGUGACGGGCAAGGAGGGCGACAGGAGCUCGGUCAAGGCGAGAUGCGUCAUCGGAGCCGAUGGCGCGUUCUCAAAGGUGCGAGAGGCUCUUGCAAGGGUAGAGCGCAUGAACUUCUCACGCGAGUACAUCACAACAGGGUACAAGGAGCUCACUAUCCCCCCAACACCUGCCGGAGACUUCGCCAUGCACGCGCGGGCUCUGCACAUUUGGCCGAGAGAAGAAUUCAUGCUGAUCGCUCUUCCCAACGCGGACAAAUCUUUCACAGCCACUCUCUUCAUAUCCUUCGAAGAGAUCGAGAAGAUCAAGACGCCAGAGCAACUCAAGUCUUUCUUCCAAGAAUGGUUUCCGGAUGUCGCAGCUGACAACUUUGCCCUGAUGCCAACACUUGUCGAGGACUUCUUCGGCAAUCCAAUGAGUCCCCUCUUGAGCAUUACUUGCGAUCCCUGGCAUCACAAGGGGAUGAGCUGCUCGAGGAGCGAGGGGGGGACUUCCUCGCUACCUUCGCUGACCUGUCCAAGGAGCUCGUUCCUUCUCGCAGGGGGCUGGUGCAAGCUUCUAUUCAAAACCACAAGGAGAUGCAGAGCAAGACCAACUCAAAGUUGUUCAUCAUGAAGAAGAAGGUAGAUUGGUUGCUUGAAGAUAUCUUUCCGGGAAAGUGGAUUCCGCUCUACACCAUGGUCACUUUCACCCGCAUCCCCUACCACGAAGCUCUCAGACGUGCCAGCGUUCAAGAUCGCAUCUUGGCUGCGGCCUUCGCUUCCCUGACCGUCCUAGGUGGAAUCCUGGCUUGCAGCUCAGCGAUGCGAGGAUUUCGGAGAUAACCAGGAGCUCGCACUUGUGUUCUUCAAACUCUUCUUCUUUGUUACCAUAAGUCAAGACACAUUUAUGCAAGUUGCACUACACCUAACAACUUGUUAUCCAACAACACCUGCUCCUCAGGGGUUGGCCUGCCCAGCCUCGUCGCGUUUCAUCCUCUUCCUCGCUGCCUCUAUGCAUUCCAUCAGCAUCCCUCCUUCCGAGUGAACUCGUUUCGUCAGCGUCUUCUUGUCCAGCUUCCCAAAAUAACGACGACGAAGGUAAAACCUCCGAGCCUCACUCGGAGUUCUGUCAAUUACCAGGUCCUUGAUGCUGAUCGACUCGAUCCUGCGAGCGGGGUUAGCAUGGGGGCUCCUCUGCGUGGCCUCCGUGCAUUCUCUUGCAGCUUUCAGAACGUGCGGGUCCACAUGGUGGACAUUCCGAAUGGGAUAGGUCAGCGACGCAGCUCCUGGCAGGUCCUGGGCCUCCACUGCUUUCACUUUCGUUUCAGUUUGAGCUGCAAAAGUUUUCUUCGGAGUCUGCCGUAGGCAAUACCCGACCAGCGCACACGUUCCAUGUCCACAGCUCUUUGUCUCCGUGUGCUGCUGCAAGAGCGGCCAGCUCUUGACCCCCUCCCCGGGGAGCUGUUGCUCGGCAUUGCGCAGUCUUUCUAACUUUCUCGUCAUCGCACUGCCGCGAAUGGUAGCGGCAUGCGGUGGCGGAGAAGCUUUCACCGAGACCGAAUCCCCCGAUGCCUCCGACGAUAUCCUGAGUUCCUGCAUCCCCCUCGAAGCAGCGUCUGCCAAUGUAGGCUGUUCAUUGUUCGCACCAAAAUCUUGGCGGCUCAUCUUCAGCUUGAUUGAUCGUCAGAGCAUCAGCCCCUCACAACAGUGACUUCUCCGGUCUCUUUCACCUGCAACGAUCCUCUUGAUGCUACGGAGAAGAACAACUCCGUGUUACUCCAGAUCGCAUGGACCCUCCAGAUCUCAGACGAAGGGCCUUGACGAAGUUCCGACGAGCGUAUCUGCUAUGCUGUCUCGCAAGCUUUCCACCUCUGGGAGAGAUGCACGAUUGCUUUCUACCCGUUUCGUUUAAGCUCAAAGAAUUGUCGACCUGAUUCCCCUCGUUUUUCCUAUUGUUCCUACCUCACAGGCAAAUGCAAAUGCAACUGUUCUUUGUUCUUCAGAUCCAACUACUCACUUAUACUGAUCUGGACGACUCCUUUGUCCUGGUUAUUCUUCUUGUCCUCGCUCCUGCGUGCUUUGUCCUUCCCUCUGUUCCUCUUCCUGCUUCUCUUUCUCUUCUUUCCUCUUCCUCUUCUUUCCUCUUCCUCUUCCUCUUCCUCUACCUCCUCCUUUGUUUCCUCU